CCCCACCUUCUUCUCUCCCCAUAUUCCGUGACAUCUUGUACCGAUCUCGUCGAUCUCGCAUCGAACAUCUCUUCGCAGUCCUUUGAGUCUGUGUCCCAAAAUCGCGUUGUCCUUAUCGUGUAAGCACAGCAAAGCACUGAAUACCCACCAAGUCUACCCAGACAGGAGUCCAAGUAACCAUGGCCGGAGGUGCAGGUCGCCAGCGUGCUGGUGACGGCAACGGUCGUGGUAACAAUAGUCAAUACCAAGGCGGACCACCCCAACAAUAUCACCAGUAUCAACCGCAAGGUCCUAUCAAUGCUUCGACCAUGCCGCCGCCAAAGCCCCGCUCCGGUGGUUUUGACGGUCCUGGCGAGCAUAGCAGAAACUCAAGUGGCUUUCAAGGUCCCACUCCUGGAUUUCAAGGCCCAAACCAAGGUGGCUCCAAUCAAGGUACUCCCCUCGGUACUCCUUUGUUGUCCCCGCGAAUCCCGCAAUUGCAGAUGCAGAGUGGAAUGUCUCAAGGUUCUCCUAGAGGCUCCCCGAUGCUGAUGCAAGCAGGAUACGUAGGUCAACCAGGCACACCGGGUCGCAACACACCACAAGGUAGCCAGCCAAACACUCCGGGCCGUAACAACUCCCAGCAGGGUACUCCUCAGCAGUCAAUGCAGCGAGGUCCACCACAGCAGUACCAAGCUCAACCUCAGCAGCAAAUGAUGCAGCAAGGUCCUUCUCAACCACAAGGCUCUGGCGGUCCUCAAGUUCAACGUGGCCCAAACCCAUUCGGUCCCAGCAUGGGCUUCGAUCCUGCUCGUCCUAUUGCUCCCAAGGAGAAGGUCAUCACCAAUACUCGUAUUGAGCUCCCGCCUGAUGCUUAUCAGCUUGAGGGCCCCGAGUACAAAUUUGAGAGCGAGUUGCCUUACCGUCCGGGCUACAACACUACUGGUAGAGCUGUCAACAUCCAGGUCAACCAAUACAAGGUCCUUGAUUGGAUCAAAGGUGAUAUUCAUCAAUAUGAUAUCAACAUAGGCAAUGGCGCUGAAAAGCGUGGCAAGAUCAUGGCUGUCUGGAAGUCUCGAGCUGUUCAGGACCGUCUUCGCCAAGUCUUUCCCCCAGGUGCCCGCAUUCUCUGGGAUGGUAACAAGCUUGCCUGGUCCAAGUACCGUAUUGGAGAGCAACGCAUCAAAGUCAACUUUGAUGUUGAGAAGGGUCGUGCUCCUCGCCCUGACAAGCCGGCUGAUGAAGUCUAUGUGAUCAUUCGUCCAACCACCCAGAUUCGUAUGGCUGUGAUCGGUAGCUAUCUCAACAAGCAAAUUCCUUUCGAUAAGUCCGUCUUGGAAGCUAUCACCUUCCUUGACCACUGCAUGCGCCAAGGUCCUUCUGAGCAAUACACCAUGAUCAAGCGUAGCUUCUUCAGCCGUGGUACCACCAGUCAUCAGUUGGACAAUGUUGUCGUUGCUAUGAAGGGUGUCUAUGCUUCCAUCCGCCUUUGCAGCCCCGCUGCUUCCAUUGGGGCUCCCGGUACUGGCUUAGCCGUAAACGUUGAUGUUGCCAAUGGCACUUUCUGGGCUGCCCAGGAUGUUCAUCAAGCUGCUCGCAACUACUGCAGCCAGCGCAAUCGGGCCUUGUCCUAUACGGUUUUCCGUGAUCUGCUCCUCCCAGUUAAGGAUGGAAAGGGCGGAUGGACCAAGUCCGAGGACUUCAAGAACUUGUCUAAGUUUGUCAAGUUGAAGUUUAUUGUCAAGCACCGUGGCAAGGGUGAUGACAAGAAGGAGUACUCCAUCAAGAAGUUUACCUUUGAGAAGGGCGAGGCAUUCUCUAAGACUGGUGCUCAUGCCAAGAACAGUCACUUCAAGUUGAGAGAUCGCAACACUGGCAAUGAGCAUGAGGUUACGGUCUUUGAGUACUUCAAGCGAACCUAUAACAUCGAGCUCCAAUACUGGUGGCUUCCGUUGAUUGUCACCGACCGUGCUGGCAUGUUUCCCAUGGAACUUUGCACCCUGUCUCCCAAUCAGCGAUACAACUUCAAGCUGUCUCCUGAACAGACCUCCAACAUGAUCAAAUUCGCCGUUACUCGCCCAAGACAUCGCGUUGAAUCCAUCAUCCAUGGAAUUAAUAUGUUGCAGUGGAACCAGGAUCCGUACCUUCAGGAAUACGGUGUCAAGGUUGAUCCCAAUAUGACAGUUACACAAGCUCGGGUUCUCCCAAAUCCCGAAAUCCAAUUUGACAGAGCUAAGCUCAACCCUGGUACUCAAGGACGCUGGGAUCUUCGUGGUAAGAAGUUCCUACUUCCUAACCCUGAGCCUCUCAACUCUUGGGGAUUCGUCAUUCUAGGUGGUUGCACCUCCGACCAGGUCGUUCGCAAUUUCGCCAAUGUUUUCAUCUCCACCUACGUCGGACACGGCGGCCGAGUUGCAAACAAGAACCCCGUAAUUUACCAGCAGUCUCGUAACGAAGACAUUCCAACUUUGGUCGCCAAUGCUCGAAAAGCCACUGGUGAUCAAGCCAAGGCUAUUCCUCAGAUCUUGUUCUAUGUUCUGCCUGGUCGCGACUCAUUCAUGUAUGAGCGCCUGAAGAAGAACUCUGAAUGUCGAUUUGCCUUGAUGUCACAAUGCCUCAAUGUUGCUCAUGUCAACAAGGCUCAGCCACAGUACUGCUCUAACGUCGCCAUGAAGGUCAAUGCCAAGCUGGGUGGCACAACCUCUAAGAUUGUUACUCCCAAGGGAUUCUUCACCAGACCAACUAUGAUCAUUGGUGCCGAUGUCUCUCACCCAGCUCCUGGUAGUCCACAGGCUUCCAUGGCUGCUGUCACUAUGUCCUUUGAUAGAGACUGUUGCCGCUAUGCUGCCGCCGUCCAAACCAACGGAUAUCGUGUUGAGAUGAUCACCAAGGACAACCUUGAUCAGAUGAUCGUUCCCUAUGUCAAGAAGUGGGUAGAGCGCGUCGGCGGUGGCAAUUUGCCUCAACACAUCUACUACUUCCGUGAUGGUGUCUCCGAGGGUCAAUACUCCCACGUCAUCAAUCGGGAGCUCGCUGAUAUGAAGGCUGUCCUUGGCAAGGUUUACCAUGAGGCCGUCAAUAAUAUCAAGUGGACUGUUGCUGUCUGCACCAAGCGUCAUCACAUCCGCUUCUUCCCCAGAGAUGGCGACUCUCAAGCUGCCGACCGAAAUGCCAAUGCCCUUCCAGGUACUUUGGUAGAGAAGGACAUCACUCACCCCUAUGAGUAUGACUUCUACCUUUGCUCCCAUGCCGCUAUCCAGGGUACUGCUCGUCCCGUUCAUUACCAUGUCUUGAAGGAUGAGGCAAACGUUCCGGUGAGCGAUUUCCAGAAGAUGGUUUACCAAUUCUCUUAUCAGUACAUGCGCUCAACGACUCCUGUCUCGCUUUUUCCCGCCAUCUACUACGCCCACUUGGCAUCGAACCGCGCUCGUGCCCACGAGUCGGCUCCUGCAUCUGACGGUCCUCGCGGCGGUCAAAAGUUCGAGGAGCGUCGUGCGGAAGCUGCUCGACAGGGUACUAACGAUGGUACAUCCCAGACCGGAUCCUCCAUGCCCAGCGAGGCUGCUCCACUCUUGCCAAUUGGCAAUCCUGACCAACAAGACAUCAUGUGGAAGAUUCGCAGCGGUAUGUGGUACAUCUAAGUUAUUCACCGUCUGACUUGGAGAGUGUUUGCAUUCGCGAAUGCUCCAUCAUUUCUUCGUUUCUUGCUUUGUUUUAUUUCCUACAUCUUCCUGAUCGUUUGAUCCCUGGCUGUCAGUACAUCUUCCCUUGCCUGCGAAUCUCGAUUCCCUCUUCAUUCGAGGGCCGAAUAUGGCGGAUUGAUGGGUGCUUGGCUGCAGACUUGUAUUAUAUUCCCUUCGUAUCAUGGGCUUUGAUAGAGGCAUAUGGAAGUUGGAUGCCUGGGCGGAACUUUAUGGGAGAUGAUUGAUGAUGAUGACUGACGACGAUGAAUACUGAACUGGAAAUCCAGCUCUACGAUGAUUAGAUACAGACUUGAUGAACAAUGCGAUGAAUUUACAAAGAAA